CGUGCCGUUCCCGUUUCGACGAUCGCAUCGCGAUAGUUACGCGCCUGUGGAAACCGCACACAGGGAAAAACUCUCUGUAUACGUUUUGACUGUUCUGCGCCCGAAGGUCGGCAGGAUCGACGACAAAGUGGAUCGCUGUUCCAUCGCGCGCUCCGGAUCGACGGAACCUUUCAAGAUUGAUGUACUAAGAAGACAAAUUAUGGUGGCAGAGUUUGUCUCCCGCCAGAGUGGAUCGCCCAUCAAUGGUGAGACCGCGUGUCUGAACAGCAACAUGCCGGCCACGCACACAAUGGCCCACAGUGGUGGUCACGGUGCGCCCCACGGCGGACCCCACGACGCCCACGGACCCCUCACGGUGCCUCUCACGCAUCCCGGCCAUCACGGCGGACCUCCAUCUGCGAUUCAGCAGCAGCAUCAGCACCAACCGCAACAGCAGCCACCACCACAGCAGCAGCAGCCACAACCGCACCAUCACCACCACCACCAAGCCCAGCAGCCGCAGCAGCAACAGCAGCAGCAGCAGCAGCAGCAGCAGCAGCAGCAGCAGCAGCAGCAGCAGCAGCACCAUCAUCAUGAUGCGGCGCAGGUAACGACGCAUCCCGAGAACUACCCGUCCAAUUUCGACCUACGAAAGGAGUUAUUCUCGCAGCGUAAGCAGCGCGAGUUCAUCCCCGACAACAAGAAGGACGACAGCUACUGGGACCGUCGCAGACGCAACAACGAGGCAGCCAAGCGGUCACGUGAGAAGCGUCGCUUCAACGACAUGGUCCUGGAACAGCGGGUGAUGGAGCUCAGCAAGGAGAACCAUAUCCUCAAGGCGCAGCUGGAGGCAAUACGCGACAAGUUCGGUAUCUGCGGUGAGUCUGUCAUCAGCACGGAGCACGUGCUGGCCGCGCUGCCCGCGGAGCCUACAAUCAGCGUGAAGCGUGCGAAGAUACCCCCGUCGGCGGCGCUUCUUUACGCGCGCUCUCCCAGCCCAGUGCACACGUCGGUGAUCCAUCAGCCGGUGAGCGGCGCCCGUUCGCCCAGAUCGCCGGCCCAGCUCUACGUGCCCGAGACGACCGCUUACCCAGAGACCGAGAGCUUCCAGUAUCCGUACUCGCACCCGGCGAUGCACCACCUGGACACCACGAGCGCGCUGAACCUGUCGUCGCGUGGCCGCCGGGCGCAGUCACCGUUCGAGCUGUCGUCUGGUAGCGGCGACGAGGCCGGUCCCCAGCUGGUUGUGGGCUCCCAGAAUAACCCAGCCGCCAACAACAGUCUGCCCCAUAAACUCAGGCACAAGUCGCGUAUCGGUGACAAAGACGCCGCGAGCGCGCUGCUCGCACUUCAGGGUAUCAAGCAGGAACCUGGACCGCGAGCGUCGCCACCCUGGGACGAGGGUUCCAGCGACGAGCGCGACUCUGGCAUCUCGUUAGGCGCCGAGUGGACCGGUCCGACCGUCACCGCGGUCUCGGAGAGCGAUCGGGAGGUGAAGAUGAAGCUGGACCGCCUUGCAUCCGAGGUCGCGUCUCUGCAAUCGAUAUUCCGCCUUGGGAAGCCCGUCGCAGCAGCGGCGGCAGCCGCGGCGGCAGACGGCCUGGUGACGGGUCACUCCGCUGCCGCCACGGUCAGCGGACCGUGA